AUGUCUCAUCAGGGGGCUGCUCUGCAAAACUACAAUAAUGAACUUGUUAAAUGCUUUGAAGAGCUCUGUAAAAGACGGGAGGAACUACAGAGGCAAAUCCAACAAGACGAAACCGAACGUGCUAAACUUCAAAGGGAGAUAAAUGUUCUGAAUGACAAACUUAACAGAGUAAACGAAGCUUUGCAGAAAAAAAUGGCUACACGGAAUGAAUAUGACCGAACAAUCGCGGAGUCUGAGGCAGCCUAUAUGAAGAUUCUAGAGAGUUCCCAAACUCUCCUAACUGUUUUGAAAAGAGAGGGUCAGAAUAUCGUCCAGAAAGCAACAGCUAAAAAUGUUCCCUUGUAA